UCAUGUGGGAAGGAAACAGGUGAUCACAUAGAUUUGAGGGCUCAUCCCCCUCUUUAAAACAGACCGAAGAUUUUGAGAGAGAGAGACAGAGAGAAGGAGAGGGAGAAAGAAAGAGAUGGUUUCGAGGGAGCACAAGAGGGCUGCUUUGUAUGAGAAGCUUCAACUACUUCGUUCCGUUACAAACUCUCGCGCACUCAAUAAAACUUCAAUUAUAGUGGACGCAUCCAAGUAUAUAGAAGAGUUGAAGCAAAAGGUAGAAAGACUGAAUCAAGAUAUUGCAAAUGCGCAGAACUCCAAUUGCCAAAAUCCAUUGCCAGUGGUCACAGUAGAAACCGUAGAAAAAGGUUUUUUAAUCAAUGUGUUUUCAGAGAAGAGUUGCCCCGGUUUGCUUGUCUCGAUAUUAGAAGCCUUUGAGGAGCUGGGCCUCAACGUGCUGGAAGCCAGAGUUUCUUGUACGGACAGUUUUCGUCUAGAAGCAGUUGGUGGAGAAAGUCAAGGACAAGUUGAAAGCAUAGAUGCUCAAAUGGUGAAACGAGCAGUGUUGCAAGCUAUCAAGAGCUGGAGUGAAAGUAAUGAGCAAGAACAAUAGUAGUGAAAACCAAAAGAGGAAAAUCUCUUGUUAUCCUAUGCUUAUCUUUUGCCUAAUUUUCUUUUUUUUCAUGUAGGCUGAGUAAUUUAUCUAAUGAAGCAAAAUAUUAAUUAA